GGUCCGCUCCACUGCCAACGACGGUGUCAUGUCGCUCACCAUUCAAAGACUCUUCAUCUACCCUGUCAAGUCGCUGCCUCCAGUCCAAGUCUCGUCUGUUGAGCUCACCAACGAAGGGCUCCGCUUCGACCGUUCCUUUGUGCUGGUCACUCCGCCCAAAGACAACUCGCGCCAUGCCAAGUUCCUGACCAUCAAGAAACACUUCAAGCUCACCCAGUUCACGCCUGUGAUUGACGACUCAUGGACCAAAUUGACCAUCAGCCACAAACAUUCCAAUCCUCCGUCAUCAAUAACGGUCCCGCUGACCCCAUCACCUUUGUCGUUGUUGCACAACAAAACCUAUGAAGUCAGCAUUUUCGGCACCACCGCCAUCGGCAUUGACCUGGGUGAGGAGCCUGCAGCAUUCUUCUCCAAGCACCUCGAUCAAUAUGUUCGCUUGCUGUGUAUUGGCGGGACCGGACGUCGGGAGAUUCCCGGAGCGGCAUACGUGCCUAGUCAGCACAAUGCCCUGUCCCUAGCCCUUCGAGAAGGGUUGCAACCUCAGCGCAUCCGAUUCGCCGAUGCUGCUCCCUUGUUGGUCACCUCGACGGCCUCGGAAGAGGAUGCGCGGUCAAGGCUUCCCAAGGAGUACCAGAACGAAGACAUCAUCCUUCGUCUGCGACCCAAUAUCCACAUUGACGUGAAGGACCUACUGCCUCCCUAUGAUGAGGACAAUUGGUCGUCACUCCUAGUACGAUCCCAGUCGGAUGAGGCGCAGGAAGUUACAAUCAAGUGCAUCUUCAAGUGUGUGCGGUGUCUUAGUCUCAAUGCUGACCCCGAAACGGGCGGGAUGAUCCAGAGAGAUCGGCAGCUUUACGGAUUAUUGGCGAGUGAUAGGCGGGUGAAUGACAAGUUUCCUCGUAAGCCGGCCGAAAGCACCCUACAAGACGUUCUAUGCUGA